AUCGAGCCCCGCAUGCUUCAUUUGAGAUUGCCAUAACUUGGAAUCUGACAUAGAGAGACAAGAUGUUACUCUUCUGCCCCUCCUGUAGCAAUGUACUCACAGUCUCCACGACCACUCCCGCUUCCUCGGGCGAAGGAGACUCGCAUGAACCCGUAAACCGUCUGGAAUGCCAAACUUGCCCCUACCAAUAUAUCCUCAAGAAGCGAUACUACGAGCGGAAAAUCUUUACGAGGAAAGAGCGAGAAGAUGUCUUCGGGGGACCUGGAGCUUGGGACAAUGCAAAUAAGGCAAAGAUGCAGUGCCCGAAAGAAGGAUGUGAUGGGGAGGAAGCGGCGUUCUUCCAGGUGCAGAUUAGGAGUGCCGAUGAGCCUAUGACUGGAUUCUACAAGUGUAUGACUUGUGGAAACCGGUGGAGAGAAAACUGAGGGAUUGGAAGAUGGGAUUGGUUGGAGUUAUGCCUCUGAGAGGAGAUGAGAACGAGGCUUUCUGCUUUAUCGAUUGCAAUUCAGCGAGGCGCUGGGAGAAAUUAUGGAGGCGUCACACAUUUGACUACAGUCGAUACUGCUG